AUGAGCGAGACCUACGAAUACAUUGUCUGUGGAGGUGGCACUGUGGGAUGCGUUCUCGCAAGCCGCCUCUCCCAGGCCGGACACAGCGUACUGGUCGUUGAGGCCGGCCCCGAGGACUACAAUGACAAGAUCAUGAGCCCCGUCGCAGCCCCGCAUCUUCAUGGCACCGAAUGGGAAUAUAACCUGAUGACGACCAAACAGCCAGGACUGGGCAACCGCGCCGUUCCGAAUUACGAGGGCAAACUGCUGUCGGGUUCCAGUGGCAUUAAUUACGGUUUAUGGACCCGGGGUCACUCAGUUGACUAUGACUCCUGGGCGAAGAUAGUCGGGGACGAGCGGUGGAACUACGCGAAUAUGCUUAAGUAUUUCAAGGCAUCGCAGACCCACCACGAUCCGACCGGCAGUCCCGAGAAAUACGGGUUCAAUGGCCCAAUCACGACAACGGCUGCGGCUCGCACCUACCCGCUGCGAGAACAGAUUCGCGGGGCAAUGCUUGCUGCUGGUCUGGAAUACAAUCCAGAUACCAAUGGCGGCAAUCCUUUUGGCUUUGGCCCAUUCACGGAGAACUGGAAGGAUGCUCUCCGACAACCGGCCAGCAAAGCCUACGACCUUUCCAAAGCAACAGUAUUGACGAAUUCCGUUAUCGCGCGCGUGGAUUUCGAUGACCAAAAGACAGCUACAGGUAUCACGCUGAUUAACGGGACCCGGUACACGGCAACGAAGGAAGUACUAGUCACAUGUGGUGCUCUCAAAACACCUCAGCUGCUAAUGCUGUCUGGCAUUGGACCCCAAUCACACCUCGCGCAACACAACAUUCCAACCAUCGCAGAUCUACCUGUUGGAGAGAACUACCACGAUAAGAUCUCGGCAACAUUCUUCUGGAAACUCAAGAACCCCGAGAAGGGAUAUGCGCUUGGCUCUCCAGCCUUCAACAAGCCCGAAUUCCGGCACGGCAACCCAAUGGAAUGGGUCGCAACAAUUCCUACCCCGCGCGAAGAGCUCAUCAAGGCCGCAGAGACAGACAAGAUCGACGCGAAAGAUCCAUACCUUCAGGAAGCUCGAGGCAAUGUAGAGAUGAUUGUAGCUUACGCACCAAUUGCCGGUGGUGGUUCCGAAUUCCGCGUGCCCAUGGACGGAAAUCACAUCAGCAGUCCCGUGGUUCUUCUUCUCCCAACCAGUCGAGGCAGUAUUACGCUCGCCAACACCGAUCCUUUGGCUGACCCAGUACUGGAUCCGGGAUACCUGACCACAGAGACGGAUCGUGCCGCGAUGCGCGCGGGUAUGCGUCUCGCCCUGCGGGUAAUGGAAACUGAUGUUGCACGGGAAGUUAUCGAGGGCGAGACCCCGCCACCUGGUCAUAAGCAAUUGACUAGCGCAUGCAGUGAUGCGGACCUAGACCGACGGGUGCAGAUUGUUGGAAGUAGCUUCUUCCAAAAUGGAGGCACGGCUGCGAUGGGUACGGUGGUGGAUACUCAGUGUCGAGUUAAGGGUGUUAACAAUAUCCGAGUUUGCGAUGCCAGUGUGCUUCCUGUGCCAGUGGCGGGUCAUUAUCAGGCUCCUAUGUACGCUUUUGGAGAAGCCGUGGCGGCCAUGUUACUUGCUCAGUGA